CAGUUGCGCAGGCGCAGUGAUCGGAGGGGGGGGCGCCCCAGAAGCGGCGGUUGGCGAGGCGCAGAGGCCGCGCGUGCGCCGGCGCAUGCGCAGCAGGGGGGAGGUCAGUCCUCCUUGCCUGUGGCCGCCGCCGCCGCCGGGGCCCUCUCGUGCGUGAGGUAAAAAAAAAAAGAGCAAGAGGCGGCCGGUGGGUCGAAGGAGGGAGAGGAGAAGGAAGGAAGCGGAGGAAGAAGGGCUGCCGGGACCGGCCUCCCCGCCCUUGAGGGAAGCGGCCCCUUUCUCCCUCGGCCGUCCUCUCACGCCGACGCCGCCUGAGGACAAGGAGGAGAAAACCCCACCACCACCCGAGGGCCCGGGCCCGGUUGGCCCCCUCACCCCCACCCCUCACCGCCACCAACUGCCGCCAUGAAUAGCGUCGGGGGCGCCGACGAGAUCGGAAAGCUGUUUGUAGGUGGCCUGGACUGGAGCACCACGCAAGAAACGCUCCGUAGCUACUUUUCCCAGUAUGGGGAAGUUGUGGACUGCGUAAUAAUGAAAGAUAAGACAACGAACCAGUCGCGAGGCUUUGGAUUUGUCAAGUUUAAAGAUCCCAACUGUGUGGGGACAGUCCUGGCCAGCAGGCCCCACACGUUAGAUGGCCGAAAUAUUGAUCCAAAGCCCUGUACUCCGCGUGGAAUGCAGCCAGAGAGAACACGACCAAAGGAGGGAUGGAAAGGAUUGCGGAGUGAUAAUAAAUCUAAUAAAAUCUUUGUUGGCGGGAUCCCUCACAACUGUGGCGAGACAGAGCUCAGGGAAUACUUCAAGAAGUUCGGCGUGGUCACUGAAGUGGUGAUGAUCUAUGAUGCAGAGAAGCAGCGGCCGCGAGGUUUUGGAUUUAUUACUUUCGAGGACGAACAAUCAGUGGACCAGGCUGUCAACAUGCAUUUUCACGACAUCAUGGGCAAAAAAGUGGAGGUGAAGCGGGCCGAGCCUCGGGAUAGCAAGAGCCAGACCCCUGGACCCACAGGUGCCAGCCAAUGGGGGAGCCGGAUCCUGCCAAGUGCUGCCAAUGGCUGGGCAGGGCAGCCUCCGCCCACCUGGCAGCAAGGCUACGGACCUCAGGGUAUGUGGGUACCAGCCGGACAAGCACUCGGUGGCUACGGGCCCCCUCCUCCAGGGCGAGGCGCUCCUCCACCACCGCCACCUUUUACCUCAUACAUCGUCUCGACACCUCCAGGAGGAUUCCCACCACCGCAGGGCUUCCCCCAGGGAUACGGCACUCCUCCACCCUUCGGUUUUGGAUAUGGCGCGCCGCCACCUCCACCAGACCAGUUCGCCCCUCCCGGCGUCCCUCCUCCGCCUGCCACCCCAGGGGCAGCACCACUCGCCUUUCCGCCUCCACCACCGCCAUCUCAGCCCACUCAGGACAUGAGCAAGCCACCGACGGCCCAGCCAGAUUUCCCCUAUACUCAGUUUGGAUACGGGCAAGACUUGAGUGGAUUUGGACAAGGCUUCGCCGACCCCAGCCAACAGCCCCCCUCCUAUGGAGGCCCUUCCGUGCCCCCUUCCAGUGGGCCGCCCGCCGGGGGCAGUGGUUUUGGCCGGGGGCAGAACCAUAACGUUCAAGGUUUCCACCCCUACCGGCGCUAGCGGGGCGCCUGAAAACCAGGGCGUUGCGCCCAGAGGAGAACCCUCUGGUAUCCUUUGAAACCCAAGAAUCCAAGACUUAACGAACUUGUGACAAUCA